AUGUCAACGAAUCGCUCCUUCAAGGUUUCAAAUCAGUCUCCUAACUCGAAACCUGCCUCCUAUGUGCGCACUAAGACGACGUCCGAUUCUAUUGAAGGAAACAGAGAACAAAAUAUGGGCACGAGUUCUUUCUUGCCAAAUCUUGGGGAUGAUGCAGAUGAUUCCUUGCAAAGCAACAAACGAACCGGAAUUAAUUUGGGCCUAAAUGUCUUCGGCACUGAAUCAUCUGAAACGCCGAAAUUCAUAAGACAGUCUUUGCCUUCUUCGUCCAAGCAGGAAAAUUUGAACCAAGACCCAUUUCAGUCCAGCAUAACUACGAACUCUUUUUUAGAUAGUGCGUCCACAUCACCAACUACACGUUCUGAAACAAAUCAACAAGAUCAUGGAUUGUCGCAUGACCUUCGUCUUUUGGCUUCCAAAGAAAUGGAAAUCUUAGAAAUAAAUCAGCAAAUAAAAGCACUGUCCCAUAAGAAAAAGGAUUUAGAAAUUGAGAUUCAGGAAUUGAAGAUAGUCAUCGAAAAACAACUGACGACAAAAGUCGGAUCUGCCCAAGCACAGCGGGGUAAUCAAGGGUUAUUCGAAAAGCACGUUCCUAAAUCUCCGAGCAGUCUUCAAAGAAGACGGUUGCAAACAACAAAUGUUUUUGGUGACCCGCUUCUGACUUCUGAUUGCUCACAGAAAGGCGAUGACAAUCUGAGGGAUGACGUUGGCAAAUCAUGGUUUGCCAAACCUCUUACACUGUUCCAACAAAUUGAUUCGUUGAUUUAUCAAGAAUUUGAAAAAUUACACAUUAGCCCAUCAUUUAUGAAUUCUUCACGUUCAGAUUCAGAGCGCAAAGCCGAUGACCUCGAUAAAUCAGAGGGACUCUCGUGUUCAUCAUCCUUUGAUAAAGGAGAUAAAGAGGAAAACAGCUGCUUACUGAGGGGCAUGGAAAAGUCUGAGACUGACCAACAAUUUCAUAACUCAAAUGACAUAGUUCAGUCAGUUUCGAGCAAAUUAUGGAACCUCGUAAACGAGGUUAAAAAUAAUCUUGCGGUGGACGAGGAAUCCCGAACAGCGGCUCCCUCAUCUUCCCCAAAAAAGUUACGAACACCAUCAUUUUCAAAACGUCAGUCUUACGGAUUACAUGCUAAACAAAGGAGACGAAGCUCUAAUCUCGAUGAUAAAAGCUCGGGAACGAAAGUAAUCGACGCUGACAGCACUGAUUGCAAUUUGCUCAAAAACAAGGAUCCUGACGGAGUGGAAUCAAAGUCUCAACAAGAGGAGAUUGAAUGA